AACUCACAGCUGUUAGGUUGAGAAACGUCUAGAUCAGUGAUGAAGUUAGGGCUUGAGGAAAUGGCUGCGUUUUGUAUUGCUUAAAGGACAGCAGCCAGCCCGAGCAGGGUAAGUCAGCAGGAUGCUCCCGGUGUGCCUCUGCGGCAGCGAUGUGGUCUCUAAGGAAACCUGUGCCUGAUGCUCGCAGCCUGGGCAGUGCUGGCGGCCCAGGGCCGUCUGUCUGCUGCCUGCUGAUGGAGGCUGCGCCGCAUCCACCAGGCAGGGCUCUGCACGCAUGCCCGUCUUCCCCGGCGUUUAGUGGUGUCAACUUAUUAAUUUCCAUCUUCGACUUCAGGCCUGUUAGUUUCCUGUCUGAAAGCAUUAUUACUUUUGUCCAUGUGGCAAAAUAAUUAGCAUACAGAUGAGAAGUGGCCCCGUGUCUGCGCGCCGAUAGAGAGAAGAUGUGCGGUUCGAAGUUGAUUGGAUGAAUGGAGAACAAAUGGUGGGCGUUCAAAAGCAUUAGAAGAGUUUUGUAGUCGCGGAGCAGGCUGGAGAAUUUUCUGGGGGUCCCACAGAGGCUGCAGCUGAGGUCCGGGUGUGUGCAAUUUUCAGCGGGGCUUUGCCCUACUCAGGUUGACUACUGAAGAAUCACAGAGUGUGGAAAAGAACAGUAGGAGGAAUUGGUGAGGACAUCCAGCUAGCAUCUCCAAGUCCUGUGGUGGGAGCCAGCAGUGCUGGUCCAAAGAGGACCCAGAGAGUGAACUCAGAGUGACCACAUCUGGUAGAAGAGGGGAAGAUGUAGUUACUGAGUCCAGUCCAGUGUUUGUGUCUCUCACAAUUGUCAACUAAGGAAAGGCUCCAGCUGGCCCCACAGACAUAUGGAUAUUCCAGGAGCCACGUAAAGAUGGAGAAAUGGAGGCACAGAGAAAUUAAGUGACUUGGCCACAGGCACAAGCUGGGGAGGGCCAGGGAAAGCCUAGAGAGAGCUGGCUCUGGGCCUGUAUCCUGCCCACGGAGUCACCCUGCCUCCGUCCUCAGGAGAGAAGGCUUCCUACAAGAUGGACGUGGACACUGAGGAGAAGCGCCAUCGCACACGGUCCAAAGGGGUUCGAGUUCCUGUGGAGCCAGCCAUACAAGAGCUGUUCAGCUGUCCCACUCCAGGCUGCGACGGCAGCGGUCACGUCAGUGGCAAAUAUGCACGACACAGAAGUGUAUAUGGUUGUCCCUUGGCUAAAAAAAGAAAGACGCAAGAUAAACAACCCCAGGAACCUGCUCCCAAGCGAAAACCAUUUGCAGUAAAAGCAGAUAGUUCCUCAGUAGACGAAUGCUAUGAGAGUGACGCUACUGAAGACAUGGAUGAUAAGGAGGAAGACGAUGAUGAGGAGUUCUCUGAAGACAAUGAUGAGCAAGUGGAUGAUGACGAUGAAGAUGAGGUGGAUAGGGAAGAUGAGGAGGAGAUCGAAGAGGAAGAUGAUGAAGAUGAUGAUGAUGAAGAAGAUGGUGAUGAUGUAGAAGAGGAAGAAGAGGAUGAUGAUGAAGAGGAGGAAGAAGAGGAAGAGGAAGAAGAAAAUGAAGACCAUCAAAUGAGUUGUACUCGAAUAAUGCAGGACACAGACAAGGAUGAUAACAACAAUGAUGAGUAUGAUAACUAUGAUGAACUGGUAGCUAAGUCGCUAUUAAAUCUUGGCAAAAUUGCUGAGGACGCAGCAUACCGAGCUAGGACUGAGUCAGAAAUGAACAGCAAUACCUCCAAUAGUCUGGAGGAUGAUAGUGACAAAAAUGAAAACCUCGGUCGGAAAAGUGAACUGAGUCUAGACUUAGACAGUGAUGUUGUUAGAGAAACAGUGGACUCCCUUAAGCUGUUGGCACAAGGACAUGGUGUUGUUCUAUCAGAGAACAUCAGUGACAGAAGUUAUGCUGAGGGGAUGUCACAGCAGGACAGUAGAAACAUGAACUAUGUGAUGCUAGGGAAGCCCAUGAACAAUGGGCUCGUGGAGAAGAUGGUGGAGGAGAGUGAUGAGGAAGUAUGUCUAAGCAGUCUAGAGUGCCUGAGGAACCAGUGCUUUGACCUGGCCAGGAAACUCAGCGAGACCAAUCCGCAGGACAGGAGUCAACCACCCAACAUGAGUGUACGCCAACAUGUCCGGCAAGAGGACGACUUUCCUGGGAGGACGCCAGACAGGAGCUACUCGGAUAUGAUGAACCUUAUGCGGCUGGAGGAACAGCUAAGCCCCAGGUCUAGAACGUUCUCCAGCUGUGCCAAGGAGGAUGGGUGUCAUGAGAGGGAUGAUGACACCACAUCAGUGAACUCAGACAGGUCUGAGGAAGUGUUUGACAUGACCAAGGGCAAUCUGACUCUGCUAGAGAAAGCCAUUGCCUUGGAGACAGAGAGAGCCAAGGCCAUGAGGGAGAAGAUGGCCAUGGAUGCUGGGAGAAGGGAUAACCUGAGAUCCUAUGAGGACCAAUCUCCAAGACAGCUGGCUGGGGAAGACAGAAAAUCCAAAUCCAGUGACAGCCAUGUCAAAAAGCCAUACUAUGAUCCCUCAAGAACAGAAAAGAGAGAGAGCAAGUGUCCAACCCCCGGGUGUGACGGAACCGGCCACGUAACUGGGCUUUACCCGCAUCACCGCAGUCUGUCUGGAUGCCCGCACAAAGAUAGGGUCCCUCCAGAAAUUCUUGCCAUGCAUGAAAAUGUUCUCAAGUGUCCCACUCCAGGCUGCACAGGCCGAGGGCAUGUGAAUAGCAACAGGAACUCGCACAGAAGCCUCUCUGGAUGCCCUAUUGCUGCUGCAGAAAAACUGGCAAAGGCUCAAGAGAAACACCAGAGCUGUGACGUGUCCAAAUCCAACCAGGCCUCAGACCGAGUCCUCAGGCCAAUGUGCUUUGUCAAACAGCUUGAGAUUCCUCAGUAUGGCUACAGAAACAAUGUUCCCACAACCACACCGCGCUCCAACCUGGCCAAGGAGCUUGAGAAAUAUUCCAAGACUUCGUUUGAGUACAACAGUUACGACAACCAUACUUAUGGCAAAAGAGCCAUAGCUCCCAAGGUGCAAACCAGGGACAUAUCCCCCAAAGGAUAUGACGAUGCCAAGCGGUACUGCAAGAAUGCCAGCCCCAGCAGCAGCACCACCAGCAGCUAUGCACCCAGCAGCAGCAGCAACCUCAGCUGUGGUGGUGGCAGCAGCGCCAGCAGCACAUGUAGCAAGAGCAGUUUUGACUACACACACGACAUGGAGGCGGCACACAUGGCAGCCACAGCCAUCCUCAACCUGUCCACGCGUUGCCGUGAAAUGCCACAGAACCUAUCUACCAAGCCACAGGACCUGUGUACUGCCCGGAACCCAGACAUGGAAGUGGAUGAGAAUGGCACCCUGGACCUGAGCAUGAACAAGCAGAGGCCUCGAGACAGCUGCUGCCCAGUGCUGACGCCCCUGGAGCCCAUGUCCCCCCAGCAGCAGGCAGUGAUGAGCAGCCGAUGCUUCCAGCUGAGUGAGGGUGAUUGCUGGGACUUGCCUGUAGACUACACCAAAAUGAAGCCUCGGAGGGUGGAUGAGGAUGACCCCAAAGAGAUUACCCCAGAAGACUUGGACCCAUUCCAGGAGGUUCUGGAAGAAAGAAGGUAUCCAGGGGAGGUGACCAUCCCAAGCCCCAAACCCAAGUACCCUCAGUGCAAGGAAAGCAAAAAGGACUUAAUAACUCUGUCUGGCUGCCCCCUGGCGGACAAAAGCAUCCGAAGUAUGCUGGCCACCAGUUCCCAAGAGCUCAAGUGCCCCACCCCUGGCUGUGACGGUUCUGGACACAUCACUGGCAAUUACGCUUCUCAUCGAAGCCUUUCUGGGUGCCCACGAGCAAAGAAGAGUGGUAUCCGGAUAGCACAGAGCAAAGAGGACAAGGAAGACCAGGAGCCAAUCAGGUGUCCGGUACCUGGCUGUGACGGCCAGGGACACAUCACUGGGAAGUAUGCAUCCCACCGCAGCGCCUCGGGGUGCCCCUUGGCGGCCAAGAGGCAGAAAGAUGGGUACCUUAACGGCUCCCAGUUCUCUUGGAAGUCGGUCAAGACGGAGGGCAUGUCCUGCCCUACACCCGGAUGUGAUGGGUCAGGACACGUCAGUGGCAGCUUCCUCACACACCGCAGCUUGUCAGGAUGUCCAAGAGCCACAUCAGCAAUGAAGAAAGCAAAGCUGUCUGGAGAACAGAUGUUGACUAUCAAGCAGCGAGCCAGCAACGGUAUAGAAAAUGAUGAAGAAAUCAAGCAGUUAGAUGAAGAGAUCAAGGAGCUUAAUGAGUCCAAUUCCCAGAUGGAGGCUGACAUGAUCAAACUCAGAACUCAGAUCACCACGAUGGAGAGCAACCUGAAGACGAUUGAGGAGGAGAACAAAGUCAUUGAGCAGCAGAAUGAGUCGCUCCUGCACGAGUUGGCCAACCUGAGCCAGUCCCUGAUCCACAGCCUCGCCAACAUCCAGCUGCCUCACAUGGAUCCAAUCAAUGAACAAAAUUUUGAUGCUUACGUGACUACUUUGACGGAAAUGUAUACAAAUCAAGAUCGUUAUCAGAGUCCAGAAAAUAAAGCCCUACUGGAAAAUAUAAAGCAGGCUGUGAGAGGAAUUCAGGUCUGAACAGCUGCCCUAGUGGUGACUCAUGCUUAAAGAGGAUGCCUCUUGUUUCUUGCUGCUGUAACUUACCAGAAAGUGUUAUAUAUUUAUUUCUGUCGGAACAGUGUUAUGCUACAAGACUUCAUAAUGGUUUUGUGUGCUCUCGAGAGAGUACCUGCAGACUAGUUUUGGAUACAUUCACAUUUUGUACGUUUUCAUAUAAGCUGACAUAGUGUGAUUUGCCAUGUAAUGUUUAUAGCUGCUGCUGUCUGCACAUUUGGGGGUCUCUAUAUUUCUG